UGUAAUGGUUGCAUUGCGAAUCUGAAGAUAUGGAUGCUGCAUUACGGACUUGCUUUCGAUAUAAUGCUCUCUAGCUUGAUCUGUCCUGAGAUGGAGAUUUAGCCAGGAACUGUCCAGACGUUCUGUAUCUCGUGCUUUCUAUACAACCAACACUGACAUUGCAACUCGAAUUCGAAGAAUAACAUCUCGGACAGUGUAACCGAGUAAGCUAGCUGUACUUGUAGCUAGCAAGCUUGUGGUAGCGACGUGUUUUGUUGAAGGAGUGUUUGUUGUAGACUAAAAUGAAUUAAACUAGUAAAUAGUUUAAAGAUAUCCAACUGUCAAAACACUACAGUUAGUCUUUGUAACGUCUUAUUCGGGUAUUUCCGGUGUUGUGAUUAUCCGUUUCGCAAUGUUAUCUUGAGAAACGGGUUGACUUGACGAGUUGUCUGAAGCCAGCGACGCGGCCCAAAACAGUCACUCGUGUGGAGAUAGAGCUGGCAGCUUCCUUGGUGUCCCAGAGUGUCCUCCGCAAGGAGCCGGGAUCUGGACAGCUCAUGACUUCGGACCAGGAAGCAAAAGUUAUAGCGGAACCCCAGGUGCAGCAAGCACAGGAAGCUAAGGAAGACAUCCCCCUUCUGGAGUCUGCCAAGGUCUCAGACCUUAACCCGAAUGCAAAAGCAUGGGCCAACCACGUUCCUAACCUGGAGGCCUCUGGAACAACCUACUCGGACACCUUGCAGUCAUGGCCGGAAACAACUAACGGCCCAGCAGACUCUGUGACGGAAGGGUACGAAACCAGCUGUGAACUUCAGCAUGCAACAGUCUCCAUGGAUGCCACCCUGACAACACCGGCCAAGCCUGUGGACAUGGAGAGUGCUGCCAAAGACUCGAAACAGCAGCUCAACCUGGCAGGUGGGAGUGAGACUGACCCUUCCAGCCAGUCCGAGGACCUCCGGGAGAAGCUGAAGGCCACGCUGGAGUUCUGCCUCUCACGGGAGAACCUCGCCAAUGACAUGUACCUCAUCUCUCAGAUGGACAGCGACCAGUACGUGCCAAUCGUCACCGUGGCCAAUCUGGACCAAAUCAAGAAGCUCAGCACCGACGUGGAGCUCAUCUCUGACAUUCUGAAAUCGCUGCCUCUGGUCCAGGUGGAUAAGUGUGGCGAGAAGGUGCGGCCUAAUCAGAACCGCUGCAUCGUCAUCCUGAGGGAGGUCCCUGAGGCCACUCCAGUGGAGGAAGUCGAAGCGCUCUUCAAGAGUGAGAACUUACCCAAGUUUAUCAACUGUGAGUUUGCCUACAAUGACAACUGGUUCAUCACCUUUGAAUCUGAGGCAGAUGCACAACAGGCAUACCAGUACCUUCGAGAGGAAGUGAAAACCUUUCAAGGAAAACCAGUCAAGGCCCGCAUAAAGGCCAAAGCCAUUGCCAUCAACACAUUUGCGCCAAAGAACGGCUACCGGCCGGUUGAGGUGCCUGCUAACGUUCAGCAGCGCUACCAGUCCUACUACAUGCCCCCCAUCUAUGGAGCACAGCAACAGUUUCCCCCUCUCUACAGACUGGUGGCCCCCCAGGGCUGGUCUACAACACAAGGCUACUUGGAUCCCACCAUGCAGGUGGCUCCAUUUCCGAACCCAAGCUUCAUCAAUGGCUUUCCAGGGUCCCCGAACUUCAAAUCAGCUACUUCCCCUCUUAAUAUAAGACAGUAUGCCCCAAGAAACAGUUUGUCUCUAUCCAUGUCCUUGGGCAGAAACCACAACAAACCCCAUGUGCGAUCAAACACUCUCGGUCUGGACAGAGGUGUUGGUGUUGGGAUCCUAGACAACCCUCCCCCUUUCCCCAGCUUCCCUGCAGACCGCGUGGCCAACGGGGCCCGUGCUCCUCCGCCCCACCACCUGGGCCCUGGCCGCACGCGCCUGCCCACUGGCCUCCCCCACCCCCGCCGGGAGCAGGUUGGCAGUGGACGCAUGGAGCCCAACGGGGCCAACUCCUCCCUCAGCGCUGGCCGUGGCAGGAAAAAUGUGUAUGGCAAUAGAAAGAGACGGGAUGACAAGUUUACACGAUCCGCCACGCAGUCCCCUCCUCCUGGCCCAGAGCGCGCCCCCUCGCCCAGCUUUGAACUGGGCCUGUCCAGCUUUCCGCCCCUUCCUGGCGCCGCAGGCCAGCUCAAGCCUGAGGUGAAGGCAGAAGUCCCCGCCGAGAGCAGGCUGUCCGCCAUCGUCACUGGAACCACUAAGACAGACAAGCCUGUGAGUAAGGAUCUGGUCAGCAGCCGUUCUGUGGCUUUGGCGUCUCCCAAAGAACUACCCCAACCUGCUGUGGCCCCGCCUGUCCAGGACGUUAAGCCGCCCCCAUCUCCAGCCUGCUCCCAAGACACUCCGAAGGCUCAACUUGAGAAGCCCAAAGACAAGCCACUAACUGCAGAUAAGACGGCGGCACCAGGCCCGUCACUGACCACUCCUACUCCGCAGACCGCCGUAGCUAAGCAGGAGCCACGGAAGCCCAGCUACGCUGAGAUCUGCCAGAGAAUAAGGGAGGCUCCCCUGACGCAUCAGCCCCCCCAAGAGGCCCGGCCGGCCUCCGGGGACGAAAUCCGCGCCCCCGACUCGGCCGAGCCCAAGAGCAAGGACGCCAAGCCUCCUGCCGUGCGCCCCCGCGAGGCGUGGAGGCCCCAGCCAGAGGGCGGAGAGAGACUUGGCACUGAGGCCGCAAUCUCCUCCUCCUCUGCGCACCACACCUGAAGGGGCUCACCAGCUCCACUCCUGCAAGGACUGGAAAAGAGAGAAGUAGAACACCCCCCUCCCCACCACCACCAUCAUCACCACCACCCGUCUCCCCAGUGUGUGUCAGGGCUGCAACAUUAAUAACCCCUACACAGAGACAUGCGCGCAUACACACAAACAUAUGAAUACGCACACACAUACUGCACAUCCUCCUCCCUGAUUUCAGACUAUCUCUGCUCUCUCUCCACUGAUUUCUCACUAGUGACACUUCUCUCUCCUGCACUCCCACCCCCACCCCACAGCCCCCAACCCCCACCCUGCUGCUUUGCAAUCCCAAUCCCCUUAAGUGCAUACAUGACAGCUUGUCACUGGAAUCAGGGCUUGGAGGCAGAAGCACUUGUGGGUGCAGAGGCAUUUUCUUUUUGUGUGUGUGUGUUUGUUUAUGUUCUCUACUCUUAACAUGAUUUUCUUUUUUCCUUUUCAAGGACAAUGAUAAUUAAGUACUGGCACAGAUAGAAAGUAUGUACUCAGAGUAGUUUGGCAAGAAGCUAAUGCUUUUUAAUGUAGCUACGUGUUGGUGGUAGAAGUGUGGAAAUUGGGUUAGUGCUGAACACUUUUUUUCUUUUAUACAUCUCUAUAUGAAUAUAUUUUAUAUAAUCUUUUUUUUAAACCAGGGUAAUGUUAGGCAGCACUGGUUUAGAUUUUUUUUUUUUUUUUUACUUUUGUCCAACAUUUUCCUUGAAAGCAGGUGUUGUAGCCAUGUUCUGCAUGAUUGAAACAUUCUGGAAAAAAAUCUUCCCUCAGUUUUUUUUACCGUUUUACAAAUCAGCACUGGAGAAUUUGCUCGCUUUUUUUUUUUUUCUUUUUUUUUUCUUUUUAAAGGAAAGCUAAAACAAUGCACCAGCACACAGUAAUACCUUUUGAAUCCUUUGUAUUGGCGUGGUACAGUAGCUGGGGAGAAGUAUUCCAUUGUCCUGUGUGUAUGAUUUAUUUUUUCUUUUUUUUAAAAAAAAGAUGUAUCUAAUUUUUGGUUUCUAAUUUUAAUUGAGCGCCUUACGUUUUGUUUUGAGUUUUGUUAUGUAUGUAUGUAUUUUUUUUUUUUUUCUUUUUUCUUUUUUUUAAUUCUAUGUGGAAGUCAAAAGAACUGCACACUGAUGAGUCCUCAGGGGGGCUUGGGCUAAGGGCUCAGGUAGGGUAGGGUAGAGCAGGGUUUUGUGGGGUGGGAGUUUGGGUGUGUUUAACGUGCCUAGCCUGUUUUCUGUCUUGUGUUGAAACUGGCAUCUGUUCUCUUGAAGUCUUUUACUCAUGCUGACGUGGUGCUAAUGGGUUGUUUCUUCUGUAAGUUGUGUUAUUAUUUUUGUUUGUGUUUUCCUCUUUUGUGUUGUCAAAGUUUUGGGGCGGGGGGGAGAAAGCCUAGGAAAAAUACCACGGGGGGAGAAGAAAAACCUCAUGUCCCACAUCAACUAGUCUGUCUCGACCCAACAUUUUGGAACGAUCCACACAGGACUAGAAGGUGUUCACUCUGACGGAAGCAAAGAAACUGUGUGCAUAGUGGCGUUCUUCCUUCACUUUCUUCUGCAUGUUCCCCAUCGUCCUUGUGAGCACUCCAUUUUCGUGGGCAGUGGUCACCCAUCGGUUUUGUUCAUUUUCCCUUCGUCUUGUUGUCAAGUGUUGGUCUCUUCUCGUUGCUGUGUUCCCAUCAAACUUCAGGCCGCGUCGGUAUCGGGCCACAGACAGCCACCGGCCAGGUUCCUAAUGGACGUCUUCCUGUCAAAUAAGGGGGCUCUGAAGACCUUCUUCUCAUCCAGUGCAUCUCGCUUCUGAUAUCUUCCUGCUUUUCCUUCUUGGGCUAACAGACACCAAGGUUUGGCCAUUUUUGCUGUGUGACAUGAAUGACGCACAGAUCUACAAGGUUGAAAUUUCAAGCAGGGGGUGGGGAGUGGAGGGUUGAAGCCCUAUUAUGAGAAACGAUACAAAGGUUGAAUUAAGCAGCCCCUUUGCAGUUAUUUUUAAAAUGUGCAGAAAAGGGUCACUAUGUAAAAGAAAUUACCAUUUAAAAACUUGAAUUUAUUUAAACUUGAAAGAAGACGUUUGCCUUAACUGUUCAGCUAAUCACUUGGAGUUUUUUAUUUUUAUUUUCUUCUCUUAGCUUUUAGCUUUCAUCCCUUCUUUAUACCCCCACCCCAAGGGUUUUUGGAGAAAGAAAGAAAAAAUGUUCACAUAGCCUUUGUCACCUUGUCUUGCUCAGUUACUGUUUUCUUUUCUGUCUUUCGAACUCCAAAUAGCAGAGCACACUUGGGAUUAAGUGAAGGAAGAAUGGAAGAAUCUCAUUUGGCUGUUUAUUCAGUUCUUUGAUUUUCUUUUUCUUUUUUGUAAAUGCAAAUAGUUGAUACUGUAUUAAAUAUGUGCACUCAGAUGUGUGUACGAUGUCUGUACAGAUGUAAAUAAUUUGAAAAGAAAAAAAAAUAUUAAAGAGGUACCCUUACAUUGGUUUAAAAGAGGAAAAAAAAGAUGUAUCAAAAUAAAUGUCGAUGCUGAAUUGGAUGCCA